UAUCUGACCAUUGUAAUGUUGCUCAGAACAGCGGGGUCUGUUCGGCCAACACAGCUGACCCUGCAACGCGACAUAUCCUAUUCUUACGCAAUCGUGCUAGGAUUUCAAUAGGAGAAGGCCGACUGCAGCUUCGUUCUAUCUAUGUCUCCCCGGCAUAAAAGACAUGUUCCCUGUCGGUCGGCUACUACCGUGCUCAGGACUUCGCCCAUCCAGAGAGAAUGCCUGCUACCACUUUACCAUUCGUCCCUCACUACGUUCCUGCUCCCAAGACCAACGAGCCUUUGGAGUAUGCGGAUCUACCCAUCAUUGACUUAUCGAAGGCGGACACUCCGGAAGGCCGUAUGGCCCUUGCUCAAGAGGUUCGACAAGCCAUGACAGCACACGGCUUCUUCUAUGUUAUCAAUCAUGGCUACACGCAAGCCGAGACUGACCGCAUGUUUGACAUUGCGGAUAUACCAUUCUCCAUGGUCUCCGAUGACGAGAAACGAGCCUACGACUCACGCGUCAAACAGACGGGAAGCUAUCAAGGCUAUAAGCUCAGGCAGUAUUGGCACAUUGAUGCAGGUGUUCGCGAUCAAAUCGAACAUUACAACAUAAACAGAGAUGUCAACAGGAAAGAGCAUCCGAAAGCUCUGCUGCCGUUCUUGCCGGAAAUUGACCGGUUCGCCCGUUUCAACCACUUCAAUGUCUUGCAUCCUAUCUUGCGGCUUCUCGCGCUGGGUUUGGAAUUGCCUGAAGAAACAUUUGUGAACCAGCACAACUUCUCUGCUGAAGGGGAGACGUGGGUCAGAAUGAUGAAAUAUUAUCCCCGCUCCGAGGAGGAAGAAAGAAAGACUAGAAGCGUUUGGCUGAAGGGCCACACAGACUUCGGCAGUAUCACCAUCCUCUGGAGCCAACCGGUGGCUGCACUGCAAAUGCAGUCUUCUGAUGGCAAAUGGCGCUGGAUCAAGCACAUCGACAAUGCUCUAGUCAUCAACGCAGGCGAUGUCAUGGAGUUCCUCUCCGGCGGAUUCUACAAAGCCACCAUUCACCGUGUUGUCCAGCCCCCGGAGCACCAGUGCGGUUACCCUCGCCUUGGUCUGUUCUACUUCGCGAUGCCGGAUGACGACAUGAGGCUGCUCCCGCACGUUGAGAGCCCCAUGCUGCAGAAGUGUGGCGUGAAGCGUCGCUUCGAGGAUGCCGACGCACCGCUUAUGGAGACGUGGCGCAAGGGCAGGGCAAGCGCAUACGGGCAGACCAAAUUGCAGAAGAAGGACGACAAAGUGGAGGAGGAAGUCAUUACUGGGAUUGUGGUGAAACACUUCAAUUAACCACAAUCAUCAUGCUGACUUGCGCCGCCGCGGCUGUACAUUAUUACCCCCUUCCCUUCAUGAGAAACGAUGACUAGUCAUUCCGAGCUACAUUGAUCAAUUCCUCCCGUAUCAAAGAAAAUACUUGUACAUCAUUGAUCGUAUAUGUUUCAAUUCUGCUAUGUACGUUGCUCUCCU